AUGGUGGUCUGGAUCCUGACACUGGAUGUAACAAUUGUAUCAGCGUGUGCACCUCCAGGUGGUGGCCGAAACCCUGUGACGCCCCGCUUUAUCCGACACUUCAGCAUGCUGUGCCUCCCAAUGCCCUCAGAACACAGUCUGAAACAUAUUUUUCAGGCCAUCUUAAAUGGCUUCCUGAAUGACUUCCCACCAGCUGUAAAGAAGACUGCAUCAAACAUCGUAGAAGCUGCAGUUGAGAUUUAUAACAGAAUGAGUAUUGAUCUUCUGCCAACACCUGCCAAGUCCCACUACGUCUUUAAUUUGAGGGACUUGUCCAAAUGUGUGCAAGGUAUCCUCCAGUGCGAUCCAGGAACAGUAAGAGAAGAAAUACAGAUAUUCAGACUCUUUUGUCAUGAAUGUCAAAGAGUCUUCCACGAUCGUUUGAUUAAUAAUGAAGAUAAGCACUACUUCUGUGCUAUUUUGACAGAAAUGGCCAACAAACAUUUUGGAAUUGCAAUUGGUAUGGAAUAUUUUUUGACUAAGCCCAUCAUAUUUGGAGAUUUCAUUAAGUUUGGAUCAGAUAAGAGUGAUCGUAUUUAUGAAGACUUGACUGAUAUGGACAAAAUUGCAAAUGUUCUACAAGACUAUCUUGAUGAUUAUAAUCUUACACAUCCCAAAGAAGUAAAGUUGGUGUUCUUCCAGGAUGCUAUAGAACAUGUGUCAAGGAUUGCCCGCAUGAUUCGUCAGGAAAGAGGCAAUGCUUUGCUUGUCGGAGUAGGAGGCACAGGAAAGCAAUCUCUUACAAGACUUGCAGCUUAUAUAUGUGGUUACAGAUGUUUUCAGAUUGAACUGAGCCGGGGCUACAAUUAUGAAACUUUUCAUGAAGACCUGAGGAAGUUGUACAAACUGGCUGGUGUAGAGGACAAGAAUAUGGUUUUCCUCUUCACAGACACCCAGGUACAUGUUCAAAUAGCCAAAGAGUAA